AGUUAGCUGACACCCAUGAAAGAAAGCAAAGAAAAACGAUGAGCCAAUCAGACAGGGGCGCGCGGAAAUAAACAGGAAAACUUUGACGGACCGUCUGAACUAGGUUAUUGCCGUCUAACGCUAGGGAAGUAUGGCGUCGUCUUCACAUCCACUUCAAACAACUGAAAAAGAGAAUAGCCUGCUUGAGAAAGUUCUUAAAGCAUUCCCCUCAGCCGAUUUAACGGAAGAUGACCUCAUCCAAAAUCCUCAGUUCUGUAAGCUUCUGGCCAAACUGUCAUCACAUGUGGACAGCACUGGUCUCACUGAGUCUCUUCGGAAAGAACUGGAAAAGGCGGAAGAGGAGCUUCAGACUGAGACAAAAAGGUGGAUGAGGCCUAUGAUUAUUCAUCAGCUACUGGAGGAGAUGGUUCAGGAGUACAUAGUUGGGAAGUACCGAUGCACUGUUACGCCAGAUGAUGACAAGUUUUACGGAACACUAGAGCAGUGUUUAUUGGCUGCCAAGUGUGACGUGCAGUUGCAUCUGACUGAGGGCCCGUCCGCGGUCCUAGGGAUCUCUUCAAAACACAUACAGAGAAUACUGCCUUCAGAGCAGGAUGUACAAGAUAUGGAAGAAAGACUGCCUAAGGAGCUGGAGAAACAUCUCAAAAGGAAGGCUUUUAGCAUCCUAAGCUAUAUUCAGCCUGAGUCAGAGAAAGACAGUGAUGGUCUAAAGUUGGAGAAGUUCAACCAUCUCCCUCAACUGCUGAAGGAGGAGAGGAACAGAAUUGAGCACCUAAGAGAAGCAAACGCAGAGAUGGCCUUCAGAUUGACGCGGCAAACUCACAGUUAUCUCAAUGACCUGCUGGAGCACAUGAGGCUUCUACAGACUUUGCUUCUGGAGAACAGAUUAAAAGUUCAGACAAAGUUAGACCGGAAGAAGCUGGAAUACCUUGAAGCCAAAUGUCAGCUUGGUGUACAGAAGAUAAGGGUUGAGAUGUUGGCUAUACAGCUGGACACAUAUACAGCAAGCAAAAUAGCUACACAUAAAAAAAUCAGAGAACAUCUGGAAACAGAGUUGACAGCCACUCAGAAAGAGAAACAGGCGGUUGAGAACAAACUUGCUUCAUAUGACAUGUUUGGUCAAGAGUUCAAGGACCUAGUGGAGGAAUAUGCUCGUCUUCAGGUUGAAAUUGAAGCCAAGAAGUUAGCCGUGGAUACCUUGACUAAACCAGAGGUUAAAUGAUCAUCAGUCAUGGUCCAAAUACUGCAAAAUGUCCUUUAUUUGUGUGCUACUGGAUUAAUUUGUACAAAUGUUUGUGAUUACUACCAUACAAUACUAUUAAAUAAUAACAUUUAGAACUUGAAUUAUCUGUAUGAAUAAAACAGACACUUUGGAUGUA